AGAUUCUCCAAUCAGCUCAACCGAGCUUCUUACGAAUUUUCCGCCCCUUUAUCAGAACACGGCAUCGAGCAGCGUGAUAUUGCGAGAAGCAACAUCACCAAGGUCAACAGAGCGAAGAAUAUCUGUGCCGAGGAACAAUCACAAAUAUUUCACCGCGGUUUGGGUGCCCGUAAUGCAUAUGACGAUGUAGUCUCCAGCGGGAAACUUGGAAAAAGACCCAGUGUUUGUUUUGGACCUGGUACCGUGGAAGAACGAGCUCGUCGUUCGGAAUAUACGUCCACCUCAAAGCUACAGCAAGCCAGUAGCUUUUCGCGAGAGAGCCGUACGACAUCUAAACGCUGGGGCCAGCUCAUUAGUUCCAACGGCGCAAGCACUUCUCAGUCAAAUCUAAGCGGAACUAGCUAUCUUCCGAAGGCCCCUCCCUUGGACCGCUCGUCGGCCUUGGAGAGACUGGAAUCAAAGAUGAAGGAUUGGAAUGGCCAUAUUUCUCUCCAAAGUGGGCCACGCUCGUCCAUGAUAGCAGGCGAAAAUCCAACGAACUAUCGCCGUGGAAUUUUGACUAAACAAAAUUCUACUCCAGCCAUGAAAGUUCCUUUUCCUGUCAUUGAAACUGUGCCCAAGUUAAAUGAUUCUACCGGUAUUCCCAGGCCACCAGGCUCAUCCCGUUUUCGCCGUUUUUCCAAUCCUAUCCGUCAUUUAUCAAAACCACUUUCAGGAACCUCUACUACUCCCAUUCACGAGGCAGAACCCUACCCUGGUGGUCCCAGCCGUCUCGAAAGACCCCCAUUGCGAGGUACGAGGAGUCACAGUCCAAUGCCACGAUAUCAACAGGCUCGGACCAACGAUACGAAUAAAACACACCUGAGGUCUUUCAUCGAUAUGGGCGUGGCUCCAGGACAGCGGCCAGCUACUCACCGAUCUUCUUUGCGUCCAACGAUGAAUGUUGAGAAAGUGAAGCGUUUAGCCAGAGCUGCAGUACGAACAAGCCACAGCGUCGUCGAAUGGGGUAGAAAUCUGGCGGGCCUGAAGAAGGAGAAGAGUGAUUUGUUGUAAGAAGCUGUCUUUAUUUUCUAUUUAUAGAUUGAUUUCAACAGGUUGAGUUCUCGUCGUGUACUACUACUAUCUCUGAUAUCGGUAUUUGUUACUACAGUCUAGCGUACUGUUCACUCGCUGUGUAUUUUUUCACCUUGAAUCUGCGCAUACAGCUUCCAUUCCAACAAGUCGAGGGUACUAAAUACAUACUGUAGGUACAAAUGACGACGUCGUGUUUAAACGAACCGCGAAGAAAGCCAAGAUAUUAGUAAUAAAUGUCUUCAUGCU